AUGUCACAUUAUUGCAGCCCUUGUGGAGUUUGGUACCCCACCGAACGCGCGUGGAACCUUCAUUUCCCCGCCACGGACCAUGCCCCCAAAUUCCCCUGCGAGGCUUGCGAGUACACGACGUACUUCUUCAACCCGAAGGCUCUGGAACAGCACACGAGGGAUGUCCACCUCCCGCCGAAUUACUGCAGCGAGUGCGACCGGUCAUUCCUAAACGAUUCAUUUCUCCAGCAGCACAAGAGGCUUGUCCAUGUACCGAGCAUAUACUGCUCGGAGUGCAACCGGUACUUUAAAACCGAUGCGGCAUUGAACCAACACUUGCGGGGGCGGGCACAUGCAUCGGCCGAGAUGGCCCCGCGCGUCGCGGCAUCGAGAUUAUACUGUGAGACGUGUGCUCGGAAGUUUGUCAAUAAACAGGCGAUGACACAACACAUAGCGUCGAUAUCUCACAACAGAGCUGCCCGGAAGUCAUCACGACAAUCAAGCCCCGCACCCAGUAGAAACAGCACCCCCCGGCCGACACUGAUGGAGAGAGUAGCGACGGCACCAUCAUCCCUCCAGGUUCCGCCGAUAAGCGAUUCACGACGGUCAUCGAUCGCGUCGAUGGACGAUGGCGUCUCGCUGACGGCCACAGACGAUAAUAAUGACCUUGCAAAGCCACCACCAAAGGAGACGGAACCCGCAGCCGCUGCGGUUGCGAGUGCGAGUGUGCGUUCGCUGAAUUUGCCGAGUACGCCCCCGCCGGAGGAGUUCGAGGAGACGGUCAAGACCCCGGUUACUGUGCUACAUAUCGACAUUCCACAGACCCCCGAAGAAACCCAGACUACGGCACUUACGCCCGCUACUAGUGUUAGCUCGCGUUCUGAUGAUGCGGUCGAGAAUCCGUUCGGCGAUAAAAUGCCGAGUGAGCUUGCGAGUGCUGCUGUGGUUCGUGCUGAGGUUGUACCUGUCGUUGCGGAGGAGAUGGAGGCACCAAGUGUGCCAAGCACACCGAGUGUGAUUGGUGUGCCGAAGGAAGCCGGGGAGCAUCAUACAGAGAAAGAGGAGCCAAUCGCGUGCCAAGGGGUGAAGGAUUCACCGACUCUUGAAUUUGUCGAGGCACCUGAGGAGCCGGAGACCGGCGAGUCUCCCGUUGCCACAGCUCCAGAGGCACGCCCAGACAUGAAAGUGGAGGAGGAAACAGAGGUGCAAUUGAAGGAAGAGGCGGAGGUGGAGGCGGAGGUGGAGGUGGAGGCGGAAGCGGAGGUGGAGGUGGAGGUGGAGGUGGAGGUGGAGGUGGAGGUGGAAACAGAGGCGGAGGUGGAGGUGGAGGCAAAGGAGGGGGAGCCAGCCGCUGCACCAGCGGUGCCCGACGGAGCUAUCCCCGAACAUUUGAUCAAGCCGGAGGGCGCUUGUGUUGAGUCCGAAGAAUUGAUUCUUUCAAGCGCCGAAGCUCACACCCUACCAGAAGAGGAGGCCCAAUCUCACAAGAUAACUACCCCCGAGCAAAUAAUUGCCGAAGCCAUCGUUCCCGAGGCUAUCGCUUCAGAGGCCAUCAUCCCAGAGACCCCCAUUCCUGAGGCCACCAUUGCAAAAGUUGACAUCCUAUCCACUCCCGUUCCGAUCCCCGAGACCGCCGAAGAGGAGUUCGUCACCACCAAACCCACCGCAGCCGAGCCAACUGCUGCCGCCGUCCUCGAGCAAACCAUCCCCGCCCCCGAGCAAGCCAUCCCAGAGGCCACAACUCCCACUAAGCUCGAUAUCAUCCCCGCCCCUUCGCCAUCCCCCUCCAAGACCUCCGCCCCUCCCCCCACCGCGCCACAACCAAACCUAGAUCUAUCCUCCUCCCCCACCCCCUCUAUCCCCACGAAAGAAGAACGCCCCCGCGCCCCCCGUGCCAUCACCCAAUCCCUAAUCUCCACUCCUGCCCCAACUUCCACCGUCGAGUCCGUAACCGCGUCUGCGUCCCGUUCCACAAUUAUUUGCCCACAGUGCCCAGCUACAUCCAAGACUUUGUAUGAAAAUACCGACGAGCUGACGGCACAUAUUGACUCUGCUCACGGCAAGAAUGCGAAGGACGGAAAGGACAGCAAGGAUUCUGGGAAGGAGAAGAAGGGGUUAGCGAAGGGACUUGGAAAGAUCUUUGGUUUGCGGAAGUUCAAGUUGUUUGGUUAAGAUGUUUCAUUUUUUUUCCCCCCCUUUUCUUUGACUUAGGUUGGUGCUGGUGGGCGAAUCGGGUUUUUAUCAUUUCGCGUUCAUUUAGCUGAGCGUCUCCAUUCCUUUUUCAUUUCGUUUCAUUUUUUAUGUGUUUUUGUUGCAUGCAUGUUGCCUCGUCGGGAGUUGUCAUUUUUUUUUUCAACUUAUUUUUGACUUUUGCUUUUUGUGUUUUUGUUUCUCCAUGUAUGAACCUCACGUAUGUGUUACGAUUCAUUUAGUUAGGGUAGUUUGUUGGUUUGGUCUGGUCUAGUCUAACACGGCAUGGUAUGGUACGCUACGGGACGGUAGAAUGUGGGGUUUGGUGUUGCGUGUGGUUCCUAUAUUAAAAUAGAUACCUUACUUUCCCUUAUUGUUUUAACUUUGCGGUUUUGCGGGAGAUCGUGGGGCGCCCGGUGCGAAUGCUGCGGCGGUGCAGCAAUGUGAUGUGAGGUGCUAGUUUCAGGCGGAGUUGGUGUCGCAGGGAUAGGGAUGGAGACAUGAUGAUGGUAUUGGACUUUGAGGUGGCUGUGUUGUACGAGUACUAUAAUAGCUGGCCCCGGAUUUCUGGGGAGUGUUUAGCGGGCGGGCCGGAGAGC